AAUAAGAGAGAUUUUCUGAUGACCCGGCAGGAGUGACUAUCUCCAGUCAAAGAAAGAGGAGGGUGAAUUUAAUCUUUCAUGCCACUGGAAUGGCAGCUGCUCUCAGCUCUGUCUGAUUCUGUGAAGGUUGAUGAAGAUAGAGCUGGCUUUCAAUGUAGAAAGAAUUUUCCUUUUGAAUAUUCCAAACGAGAGCUUUGCACAUGUGCCUCAAGAACUGAUUGUCUAGGCUCCGACAGGAAUGCAGCAGGAGAGGAGCGUAUUUCAUGCUUAAGACCAGAGAAGAGCCACGCAGUACUCAGUGGAUAAAAGGCUUGCAGUCCCAGCUGGGAAAAAGAGUCCCAUUAUCUCCCAGCUGCAUAGACAUUCCAUACGGCUUGGUUCUGCCUGGAUGCACAGCAUGCCUGGCUGAGAGCUUGAAACAGAGUUCUGCAGAAAAAUUGUAAAGAUCCCGAGACAUUUCCCUGGUGAUGGUCUUUUAAGCCAUCCUAUUUUUACUCAGGAGCCACAUGAUGUCAUUUUUCCUUUGGAUUUAUCAAAAUCUGAGGUCAUCCUGAAAUGCGCUGCUAAUGGUUACCCUUCACCUCAUUAUAGGUGGAAGCAAAAUGGCACAGACAUUGAUUUUACUAUGAGUUAUCACUACAGGUUGGAUGGAGGCAGUCUUGCAAUCAGUAGCCCCUACACAGAUCAAGAUAUUGGCAUGUACCAGUGCCUGGCCACCAAUCUUCUGGGGACAAUUCUGAGUCGGAAGGCAAAGCUCCAAUUUGCAUAUAUUGAAGACUUUGAAACUAAAACAAGAAGCACAGUAUCUGUCCGAGAAGGUCAAGGUGUGGUGCUUCUCUGUGGCCCACCGCCACAUUUUGGAGAUUUAUCUUAUGCAUGGACCUUCAAUGAUAACCCCUUAUACGUCCAAGAGGACAAUAGGCGAUUUGUAUCUCAAGGGACGGGAAAUUUGUACAUUGCCAAAGUGGAACCAUCAGAUGUGGGCAACUAUACUUGCUUUAUAACAAACAAAGAGGCCCAAAGAAGUGUUCAAGGUCCACCCACUCCAUUAGUGCAGCGCACUGAUGGUGUGAUGGGGGAAUAUGAACCAAAGAUUGAAGUGCGUUUUCCUGAAACUAUACAAGCUGCAAAGGAUUCAUCUGUAAAACUGGAAUGUUUUGCCCUUGGAAAUCCAGUCCCUGAUAUUAGUUGGAGAAGGUUGGACGGGAGCCCGUUGCCAGGGAAAGUCAAGUACAGCAAAUCCCAAGCUAUCCUUGAAAUCCCGAACUUUCAACAAGAAGAUGAAGGCUUUUAUGAGUGUAUUGCAAGUAACCUUCGAGGAAGAAACCUUGCAAAGGGUCAACUCAUUUUUUAUGCUCCUCCAGAAUGGGAACAGAAAAUCCAAAAUACAUACCUCUCUAUCUAUGACAACUUGCUCUGGGAAUGUAAAGCUAGUGGAAAGCCAAACCCUUGGUACACGUGGUUAAAAAAUGGCGAACGACUCAACCCAGAGGAGAGAAUUCAAAUAGAAAAUGGGACGCUCAUCAUAACGAUGCUGAAUGUAUCAGAUUCUGGUGUCUACCAAUGUGCUGCAGAAAACAAAUAUCAGAUAAUUUAUGCAAAUGCUGAAUUGAGAGUUUUAGCCUCAGCUCCAGAUUUCUCCAAAAGUCCAAUUAAAAAAAAUUCAUUUGUUCAAGUUGGUGGGGAUAUUGUUAUCGAAUGCAAACCAAAUGCUUUUCCCAGGGCAGCUAUCUCUUGGAAAAGAGGAACGGAGACCCUUAGACAAAGCAAAAGAAUAUUUCUCUUGGAGGAUGGCAGCCUCAAGAUAUAUAAUGUUACCAGGUCAGAUGCUGGAUCAUAUACGUGCAUAGCCACAAAUCAGUUUGGCACCACAAAGAACACUGGCAGCCUCAUUGUAAAAGAGAGAACUAUCAUUACCGUCCCACCUUCCAAAAUGGAUGUUACAGUUGGCGAGAGCAUAGUGCUGCCAUGCCAGGUGUCCCAUGACCCCUCCAUUGAAGUGGUAUUUGUAUGGUUUUUCAAUGGAGAUGUCAUAGACUUAAAAAAAGGAAUGGCUCAUUUUGAAAGGAUCGGAGGAGAAUCUGUUGGGGAUUUGAUGAUAAGGAAUAUUCAGUUAAAUCAUUCAGGAAAAUAUCUCUGCACAGUACAAACAACCCUAGAAAGUUUAUCUGCAGUAGCCGAUAUCAUUGUUAGAGGUCCACCAGGUCCUCCUGAGGAUGUGAAAGUGGAAGAGAUUUCCAGUACUACUUCUCAACUAAGCUGGAGAGCAGGCCCAGAUAAUAACAGUCCCAUUCAAAUAUUUACUAUUCAGACUCGGACACCAUUUUCUGUGGGUUGGCAGGCUGUUGCUACAGUUCCAGAAAUUCUCAAUGGUAAGACAUACAAUGCAACAGUGGUUGGUUUGAGUCCUUGGGUGGAAUAUGAAUUUCGCGUUGUUGCCGGCAACAGCAUUGGGAUUGGAGAACCAAGUAAACCAUCAGAAUUGUUAAGAACUAAAGCAUCAGUCCCUGCUGUGGCACCAGUAAACAUCAAUGGAGGUGGAGGAAGUCGGUCUGAACUCGUCAUUACGUGGGAGUCAAUUCCAGAAGAACUACAGAAUGGGGAGGGAUUUGGAUAUAUCGUCAUGUUCCGGCCGGUGGGCUCAACAACCUGGACCAAGGAGAAAGUAGCAUCUGUGGAAUCAUCAAGGUUUGUUUACAGAAAUGAAAGUAUCAUCCCACUCUCUCCAUUUGAAGUCAAAGUGGGUGUGUAUAAUAAUGAAGGAGAAGGAUCCCUGAGUACUGUGACCAUUGUCUACUCUGGGGAAGAUGAACCUCAACUGGCCCCAAGGGGAACUUCUGUCCAGAGUUUUUCUGCUUCUGAAAUGGAGGUUUCAUGGAAUGCUAUUGCCUGGAAUAGAAACACUGGAAGAGUGCUGGGCUAUGAGGUCUUAUACUGGACAGAUGACUCCAAAGAAUCCGUGAUUGGUAAAAUUAAAGUCAGUGGAAAUGUCACAACCAAAAACAUCACAGGGCUGAAAGCUAAUACCAUCUACUUUGCUUCUGUGAGAGCUUACAACACUGCUGGAACAGGGCCGUCAAGCCCCCCAGUCAAUGUUACCACCAAAAAGUCCCCUCCAAGCCAACCACCAGCAAACAUUGCCUGGAAGCUGACAAACUCUAAAUUAUGCUUGAACUGGGAGCAUGUAAAAACCAUGGAAAAUGAGUCUGAAGUUUUGGGGUACAAGAUUCUGUACCGGCAAAACAGACAGAGUAAAACUCAUAUUUUGGAAACAAACAAUACAUCAGCUGAGCUUCUGGUUCCAUUUGAAGAAGACUACUUAAUUGAGAUAAGAACAGUCAGUGAUGGUGGAGAUGGAAGCAGCAGUGAGGAAAUUAGGAUUCCAAAAAUGUCAAGUUUGAGUUCCAGAGGAAUUCAAGUCUUAGAAACUAGCACCCAUUUUCUGUCCAUUGUCAUUGUGAUUUUUUACUGUUUUGCUAUUCAGCCACUUAUCCGAUGAAUAAAACCAUAAAUCUUUGAGAGUUUUUUGAAAGCAAAUCAUUCUGUAAAUAUGCUCUCCAGCCUCUGACACAAGACGCGUUCUUAAUACAGACUUGUUUGCAAAGAAAAAAAAAAUGUAUAUUAUUAAAAUCUUGUAAAUAUCUAUGGUACAUUAAUAAAACAAUUUUAAACACUUUUGAAUUUUAAAGCUCAUACAUGAUUACAUGCAUUCCUAGGUGCAACAUUAAUCUGGAGGGUUAUAACUGCUGUGUCUUUUAAGUGACUUAUAUGGAGAGUAUAAAUAACUCCCCUCAAUGAUGGUGAUGAUGAAUACAAAUUUGCCUCAUAGUUACUAUAGCCCACAUGCACUCCAUUUUCAUGUACUCCAGACAAUCACUUCAGUAUUUGAAAUUUUCACCCUACUUCAAAAUAAAAUACAAUUGUUUUUUAUAGUUGGGAUUCUUUAAAAAUAUAAACUAUUCCAUAGCAUGGUGUGCUUUUAUCUCUGAAUCAAGUUGAAAUAAGAAAUCUUUUUACUCAAUAAUAUUUCAAUAUACAUGCUGUUCUCAGCUCUUUUCAGAAGGUUCAGUCAUAAUAAAGGCAGAAAAGGUAUUUUAUGGCAAAGAAAAAUAAAUGAUGGAAAGUGAGCACCCACCUAAAAUAAUCUUCUAACAACUUGAUGUAUAUUAAGCAAUUGCUCAUGGCAAAGUUUAACAUUUGAACUGUUGCAUGAACAAAUCUCAGGUAAUUAUUACAAGUUGAUUACAAUGUAUGUAGCCUUAUUUUUAUAAUAAAACAAUGUGGGAACAGAA